CCAUGGAUAGUGCACGCAACAUGAUUGCAGCGGCCAGGCAGCUCCCCUUUGUGCACGUGCCGUGCAUUGCACACAGUGUGCACCGAGCCGUCACGGUUUCUCUAACCAACAGCCCGUUUGACAGCGCAUUGGCAAAAUGCAGAAAGGUCGUGGGACAUUUUAAGCACAGCCCUGCAAACCAAGCGGAGCUCGAGCAACAACAAGUCACACAUAAUAAGAAGAAAGAGUCACUCGCACAGGAAGUGUCAACCAGAUGGAAUAGUACCCUGGAAAUGAUCAAGCGUGUUCAGCGGAAUGCUGAACCACUGAAAGAUGCACUGGCCCUGCACACAACCAACAUCGCCAUGCCAACAGUUACUGAGCUGGAGAAACUGAAGAAGCUCGAGGCUGUGCUGGAGCACUGCAGGUAUGUUUCUGAACUCCUGGGAGGAGAGAAGUUUGUGUCUUGCUCAGUGGUGCUGCCAGCGUUGUGUCAUCUGUCACGAGUGAUGGAGGUUACUGAGGAUGACCCAGCUUACACGAUCAAGUUCAAGGGAACCUUCGCAGCAGACAUGGAGGGUCGCAAGGAGAAGACCAACAUCACGUGGCUGAGAGUUGCGACAGCACUUGACCCAAGGUUUAAGGAUCUCAAGUGUCUGAGCAAACCUGACAGGGCUGAGGUGUGGGGUACGAUCCGCGCCUUGCUCCAGGAGAUGGUAAGGGAGAGGCCUGCACAGCCGGAUAACAAAGUCACGCCUGAGCCUCCUACGAAGAAACCAACACUUAUGCUUACAAACGAGUCUUCGUCUGAUGAAGAGGAGGACAGUAUUGACCAAUGUCUGAAGCGCUACAAGUCAGAGCCUCUUACUGGCAUGGAUGACUGUCCCCAGGAAUGGUGGUCCACACAUGAAGGGGCACACAGUGAAAUGGCCCGCCUUGCACGCAAGUACUUAGCAACACCAGCCACAUCAGUACCUUCUGAAGGGUUGUUUUCACUGUCUGGGCAUGUUGUACAAAAGAAGCGAGCUUCCCUGUUGUCUGAAAAUGUCAACAGGCUUGUGUGUUUGAGUAACUGGCUCAAAGCAAAGAAGUAGUAUGCUUACAUUUUAUUGGUUACCGUUACUGUUCAUACUUUCUGAAAUAAAAGGCUGAGUUGAUGAGCCAUGGUUUAAUUGCACUAUAGGCCGAGUCCUAGUUUACCUUACAUGUGCACUUUGUAAUUUGAUUUUGUAUCGCCCUGUUUUGAUCCCUUAGAAAGGGGCUGUUUGUGUGACAAAGUAUUUUUCACUUUUUUAUUGAUGGACAGUGUUACAUUGGGGGUUAUUUAC